AUGACCGCUAAUCAAAAUUUUCCGUCUCUCUCGCACUGGGCCGAUCGCGUGGAGGCGGUCCUCGUGGCUGCGGUGGGGCGACUCACGGUGGUUCGUUCCGGCAUCUUCUGGACACUCUCGUACGUUAUUUUGCUGGCGCUGAUGUACCUCUUCCAUUCGCCCUUCCGUGCGCAGGUGAACACGCGUACGGACUGGUACGCGCAGCUGACAAAAGGCUUGCAGAUCUGGCUUGGCGUCGUACUUCUGUGCUUCCACGUGGGGCCGCAUCUGUACGUUUCACACUCCACGCACGCGAGGAGCUCCAACGCCGCCACGAUGGCGCAGCGCAUGUUCGUGGAGGACACCGUCGCCAGCAUCUUCUUCCCCACCUUCUGCUUCAACAGCUUCCUCUUCCUGAUGAUUCACAAAUUUAAGCGACGCUACACGCUUGCCUUCACGUACGGCCCGAGCCUCACACUCAUCCUGAUCAACUCCGUGCUGCUCGCAACCUUUGCCGCCAUGCACUACACGGUGUGCGAGGAGCUCUUCUCGACGGUGGUCCCGGCGGUGGCCGCGUCGAACAGCGUGUCGGGGAAGGUCCGCGCCGCCACUGUCGAUCGCGCCUCCCGCAUCGUGUGUCCCCGUCCGGUGAACGAGAACCCCUUCCAGUGCAUCGCCUUCCUCUCCACCAUCUGCGUUGUCUUCGUCGUCGUCGACUACGUGUAUAAGGCGUGCUGGGCCGACGGCAACCCGUCGCGGGGGAUUCUGUGGGCGGAGCUGUACCCGCCGAAGCCGAAAAGCGAGUCCGCCGUCGGUGGCGCACCGGCGAGUGGCGCCAUCACCGCCCCGAUGGUGCUCCACUGGUGGCGUGCGCUGCGGGCUCGCGAGGAGCACUUAGACCUCAGCGCCCAGCUGCACCUACGCGAGGGCGAUCCCCGGCUAAAGGAGAGUUUACCCAAGACGAUCCGCUUCAACCACCGACACGGCAUGGAGGCGAUCAACGUUGCCUGCCCGGACGGGUGGAGGGACAAGCAAGAUCAGCUCUCCGAGGCCGCGGAGAAGUACAUGCUGCAGCCCACAAACCGACCCGGCAUGGUGCCGUGGUUCUCCACCUUUAUCUUCAACACGACCUGGCAGACGAUUGCGCGCCUUGCCCUUGAUUUUCUGACGUUUGACGUGCGUAUCCUGCAGAAGAACGCCGCGCCGAAGGUGUUUCAUCUUCACUUUGCAAAGUCGCUGGCGACCCUCCCGCGACUGCCACCGCUGCCGACGCCACACGACGAUAUCAAUAACAGUACGGUGAAACAAGAGGAGAAGGAGCGACAGUCGAAAAGCGCAGAGGGGACAGCGGGACAGAGGAGCGAUGCACCCGCCGUGAAGAGCCCGGAGCAACGGCCACGCAAGACAGCGGAGAGCACGCCGCCGAAGUCGCCCUCUCCGGCCCCCAAGAAGACGACCUCCCCAGCAACGACCCCAUCGCUCUUGCCGUCCAUGGCAGCAACAGCAGCUCAGGAAGGAGAAGCAGACGCAAAGCCGGAUGUGUGGUUUGACUGGAUCGCCGACGUGGGGGACGGCUUCAACUCGACCUACUCCAUGGCCCGCCUGUUAGCGCAGCCUUUUCUGAGGCUGCCCUGGCACCACCCCUCGACCCUCCUUCGAGGUUUGGCACGGCUGACCGGCCAGUGCGAUGUGACCCCGCCGGAAUCCUCUAUGACGGAGGACACGCUGCAUUACCUGCCGCGGGGCUCCUUCGUGGUUGUGGGCGGCGAUCUGGCCUACCCGAGCCCCAACGAUGAGACCUUCACAACGCGGCUCUUUGUGCCCUACCGCGAUGCUCUCAGCGACAACGCACACCUGAAAGGGCUUUACAGCGCCGCGCAGCCGCACGUGGUGGCGCCUGGUGCGGAGGACAAGGAUGUGGCGCACAUGCAUCUGUUAGAUGCCAUGACGGUGUCGAAGAUGGCCAGCGGUCGCAGUGGGCUGCCGCGCGGGACGGCAUCUACGGAAGUAGCGCUGCGUAGCGUGCCGCUGCUCUUUGCGAUCCCCGGCAACCACGACUGGUUCGAUGGUCUCGGCACCUACAUGAAGUACAUCUUGGAAAGGACAUGGAUUGGUGGGUGGCUGAUGCCGCAGAAGAGCUCGUACUUUGUGCUUCGCCUGCCUUACAACUGGUUCAUGCUGUGCCUGGACGCUGGCUGCGAGCAGGACAUCGACGCUGCCCAGCGCAACUACUUCCUCGACGUCAUCGAGAAGUACAUGAACGAGGAGAGCUGCGUCAUUCUAUCCAUUCAUGAGCCGAGUUGGAUCUACGAUUCGAUGUUGCACGCCGACAGACUCAUGCAACCAGAGACGUCGCGGCUCUGCGAGGCGCUCGGCACCCGGCUGCGCAUGCAACUUGCGGGCGACAUCCACAACUACUCCCGCCACGUGCCACGCGAUGCGAGCACAGAGGCGCCAAUGUUGGUCGUCAGCGGCGGUGGUGGCGCCUUCAUGCACGGCCCCCGCCUCACACCUGUCGUGGCGCACUGUGCGGCGUAUCGUCGCGCGUGUGCCUUCCCAGCCAGCAACACGUUGGGCACCUUGCUGAGUCGUCUCCUGGGGUUUCGCGUGAUUAACUGGAAGUUUGAUCUCAUCAUUGGCGUGUGCUGUUUCAUGGUCGUCGUGUCGUUGCUGCCGCAGUCGAUCAAGGACACCCAUCGCGGCGCCUCGCCGGUAGUGCUCGCGACGCUGCCGGACGCCGCCGGGGUGUGGUGGGAGCGGACGUGCACGUACAUUGACCUCCUCUUCUCUCGCGGGGUGGCGUCGGUCGUCGCCACGGUGCUGUUCUUUGUCGCCUUCACCGCGGCAGGGACGGAGAAGAGCGCCGCGCUGUGGAAGCGUGGCCUCCACGCCUCCUUCUGGACCGGCAUCACCGUGCUCAUCUGCUGUGGCAUGCUUUCCUUGCUGCUCUGCACGAUGGAGUACAUGGUGGACAACCGCUUGCUGGUGUCGUCGAAGGCGCACUGGGGCAGCGCGGUGGAGGACCAGGUACGGCUGACGGUGGACUCGCUCUUGAACCACACGCAGGUCAUCUUGGGCGGGACGGAAAGGAGCCGUCUGGCGCUGCAGAUUCGCCGCGUGCAGAACGCCCUGUACGGACGCGCGCUGGUGAACUGGGGCGGCAUUUUUCUGCGCUGCCUCGACCCUCUGGAGAUGCUCGCCUACCUUUCGGAGAAGGUGAGCGCCGAUGAGAUGGGCAGCUUCGUUGCGGGAGCCAGUCGCAUCGACGAGGUGCUCUACUACCUCUACUUCCUGUUCUUUUACUGGAUUCUCGUCACGCCGCUGGUGUCGUUCGUGAUUGGGAGCUACCUUGUGUGCUCCGUGACCUUCUUUGACUGCAUGUACGAUGCCACUUACUCCGCUUUUCAAAUUGAGGAGUUCAAGAACUUCGUGCGGUUUAAAAUCGACGCCACCACGCGCGAGUUGCACGCCUACGUGGUGACGAUGCGCCACGUUCCAAAAGCGUGGCACUGGGACGCGGCACACCAAGCCGAGCUGAAGAGCGAUGUCGCCAAGUUCGCCCCACCGCACCUACGCGCCAACCCCAGUCGGUGGAACGGCCGCCCCUUCCGUGCUGGUGCGGGGCUGGGCGGCGGCGGCGGCAAGGAUGGACUAGCGGAGAAGGGCAACGAGGAUGGGGCAGAGAUUCUAGAGCACUUUGUGUGUUCCCCGCACGUCAUCCCCGGUGUUGUCUCGUAG